AUGUUCAAGGGACUAAGGACGAAAAAAGAGAGGUUCGAUUUUAGGUUCCGGUUUCACGCGACGCGGGUGCCGGCGUCUGGUUUCGACAACCUCGUGGUGUUCGUUGUUCCCGCGGAUUCCGGCAAGCCCGAGGGGCAAACCCCCAAGGCAACGGUCAAGAAUGGCUCGUGCGCGUGGAGCGGGUCGGUCACCAUUACCACGAAGCUCACUCGCCACGCCAAGGCCAAGGCGUACGAGCCCAGGCCGUACCGCUUCGUCGUCUCGUCCAACUCGUUGCGAUCGGGCGUGCUGGGUGAAGCGACGCUGAACCUAGCGGAAUUUGGGGGAUUCGGAGGGCUGGAUCAGCGAACGCUUUCCUUGAAGAACUGCAACGCUGGAACCAUCCUUCAUGCCACGGUUCAAUGCACGGCGCUCGACCCAAGGGACGACGACGAGAGCGAGCACGAGGAGGUGCCGGCGAGGAGGGUGGCACCGGGGGCCGCUAGUGGUCGCCACGGCGCCGCUGCGGGCAAGGCGGAAGCCGCCACUGCUGCGGCUGCUGCUGCCGCCGCCGCUGCUGCAGGUGGCGGCAAGGGACGGGCGGGAGAUGCGCAGAAGCAGCACCUUCAGGCCGCAAAGCAGCAGAGCGAGGGGGUGAAGCAGGCGCAAAAGCAGGAGGCGCAGCGGCAGGAGGCGCAGAGGAAGGAGGCACAGCGGCAGGAGGCGCAGCGGCAGGAGGCGCAGCGGCAGGAGGCGCGGAGGCAGGAGACGGAAGCAGCCAGUCAGCCCGUUGCUCGUCCCAUCCCAGACGUCCCUCCUGCACCCUCCCAGGUCAGUGUGCCUUUUGGGUGCCUUCUGGGUGCCAUGUGGGUGCCAUGUGGGUGCCUGUCCCUUACCCCCUUGUGUCUUCCUGUUGCUCACAUCCCACUACCCCACCAAUCCCCUCACUCCCCUCUCCACCCUUUGCUCUCUCCCCUCGCCAUUGCUGCCACUGCUGCCAUUGCCCCCACUGCACCCCGGCCACGUGGAUGGCAGGACGAAGACUCAUCGUCAGAGGAGUCGUCCUCGUGCGACACCACGCCGCGCACCAGCACUGCCGCUCCCAACCUCCCCUCCCCCUUCCCCUCCACCCCUUGUGUGUGGAUGGCAGGACGAAGACUCGUCAAGGAGCCGUCGUCUUCCGUGGUGCGCUCGCGUGACACGUCGCCCAGUAGGGACGCGACACGUGGGAAAGGGAAGGAGAAGGAAAAAGCGGCGGAGAAGGGCGAGAAGGGGGCGCGGGAGAGAGCGGAGGAGAGGCAGGAGGGUGCGGGGCGAGGUGGGGAGAAGGAGAGGGAGGAGGAGGACUGGAUGGGAAGCGAGGGGGAGAGGCGGCAAGGGAGGAAGAAAGAGUCCGGAAUUGACCAGGACUUGGAAUGGCUGCGGCAGCAGGAGAUGCAGAAACAGCAAGAGGAGAUGCAGAGGCAGCAGGAGGAAAUGCGGAAGCAGCAGGAGGAGAUGCAGAGGCAGCAGCAGUUGGCAGAGAGGAAGCGAGAGGAGGAGGAUGCGGGAGGGAGGGAUGGGGGUGCGGAGUGGGGUGGGCAGCAGAGCGAGGAGGAAGAGUUGCGGCGGCAGGAGGAGGCAUUGGAGGAGGAGGCGAGGAGGGUGAGGAUGGAGCGGGAGAAGCAGCGGCAGAGGAAGGAGGAGAUGCGGCGCCAGCAGCAGCAGCAGGGGGGCGGCAUGGGAGGAGCAUCAGCGGACGUCACGCCCGCGCAAAGCCCCGCGCUGCAAGGCAGGGCGGGUGGCUGGGAUACUUGGGGUAGUGGCGCAGGGGACGGGCGCGGGGAGGGCAGGGCGGGCGGGGGAGAGCGGGAGCCAGCGCGGUCGCCAGGGAUUCCCCCGCCUGCGGGGGCCGCGCCUGUGGGGGCGGUGUCUCCGGGGAAGCUGCUGGGCGGGUGGAGCAAGCGCGCAAGCAGCAAGGACGCGCAGGAGCAGGGCGCGGGGGGCCCUGAUGCUUCCGCCGCGGGGAGUGGCGCGCAUCGCCUUCCCCCAGCAGCAGCGCCUGCUGUGCUGCCCCCCGCUCCCGGCGCAGCUGCCGCCUCCCCCAGAGGUGCCCGGACCCCCUCGCCAGCUGGCACGCCCACCCACCGGCCAGCGAGGCAGUACGAUGACGUGGCAGGGGCGGAAGGCGGCGGGAUGGGGAUGGGCGGGGGCGGGGAGAGCUCCCCGUACAGGUAUGGUUCCCCCAGCGCGCGGAUGGGCGGAGUGGGCAGAGACAGCCCUGGCAAUUACCGCAGCCCUGACCCUUCCCCCGGGAUGAUGGGCGCGGGGUACCCAUUCGGGGAGGGCGGAGGGGGAGGCGGAGAGGAGCGCGACAGCUAUGGCGGUGGGGGUGGCAGCAGCGCUUAUCCGUUUCAACCGGGAGCCCCUCCUGACUCGCUUGCGCUGCCCGACGCUGCCAGUCCGGACGACUCUCCCCGCGCUGGGGGCUACUCGGGCAGCAGAGGCGCGCGGAGGGGGUACUUUGGCGCAGAGGAACCUGCUGGGCGCGGGGGAGGAGGCGGAGCGGGCGGGGGGCAGGGCGCGGAGAUGCGCGUGCACAGGGACAGCGCGGGGGAGUUGGCGGCGGCGGAGGCGGCGAUAGAGGAGCUGCAGCGCGACUGCGUCAAGUACCAGACCACCGCGCGCAACCUCUCCCGCGAGGUCGAGAGCCUGCGCGGGCAGCUCGCGGAAGCCUUCGUGCAGGACCAGCGCGCGGACAUGGCGAUCGGACAGCUGAAAGACGAGCGCGAUAGGCUGCAGGAGGAGGUGAAUAUGCUGCGGGCAGGUUUGGGGGGACGGGGGGGUGGCGGGGGGUUGUCCGGGGGUGCGGGGGAGGAGGAGGGGAUGGAUACGAACUCGUAUGUGGCGGACGGGACGGAGAGUGAGUGGAGCGUGGGGGGCGGCGGGGGCGGGGGCGCGGAGGGGAUGAGGCGCGUGGCGGGGCUGCUGGAGGAGGCGGAGUUCCUGCGCGGGACGGUGGGCGCGCUGUCCGCGCAGGUGGAGAUGCUGCAGCGGGAGAACGAGGCGCUGAUGGCGCAGGCGGAGCAGGCGGAGGCGGAGGCGGGGAAGUACCGGCGGGACGCGGAGGAGCUGUUCGAGGCGCGCCAGGAAACGGAGGCCGCGCUCAAGCGCGCGCAGAAGCAGGCGGACGAGCGCGAGGCGGAGUGGCAGGAGCGCGCGCGCGCCAUGGCGGAGGCGCAGGCGGCGCUGGAGGAGCAGCUGGCGGAGCUGCAGGGCGCGGAAGGAUGGGGCGGGGGAGGGUCCGCGCGGCCGAGCCCCCUGGGACCGAGGGGGAAGGGAGAAGGGCAGGAAGGGGUGGAGGACGGUCUGAUGCUGUCAGAAACGGUGGGGAUGAGCGGAAGCAGCAGGAAGAGCCGGGGGGGAUCAGGCGGGGACGGCGAGGCGGGCGGAGAGGGCGAGCGGGGGGCAGCGGGAGACGUGAGCGUGGUGGCGCAGCUGAGGCGCAAGGUGGAGGAGCUAGAGCGGGAGGCGCAGGAGUUAACAGCAGAGAGCCUGGAGCUGGCAGCCGGGCUGAACGUGGCGAAUAAGGAGGGCGAGGUGAAGGACGCGCUGAUAGAGCAGCUGCAGCACGAACUGAUCGCUGCAGGGAAGAAGGACUCCAUUGCUACAGCCGCUGCUGCGUCCGGGUUUGCUGCGUUUUUCAGCAAGGGGAAGGCGGAGGGGAAGAGCGUGGAGAGUCUGAUUAAUUCCGGGCCGGCGGCGAAUGAGAGGGACGUUGGGAAGCUGCAUGGAAGGAUCGUGGAGCUGCUGCAGGCGUUGAAGGAGCAGAGUAGAGAGGCGGAGGAGGCGCGGGAGGAGGCGGUGCAGCUGCGGAGCAAGAUGCGCGUUAGUGAGAUGGCCACUGCGCGGGCUAUGGAUAGGCUGAGUAUUCUGGAGGAGUAUGAGCGGCGGGCGAAGCAGAUGGAGGGGGAGUUGGAGGAGACGCGGAAGACGCUGGCGGCGCAGAGGAGGUUGAGGGAGGAGCAGGAGAGAAGGCAUGUGGGGGAGGUGGAGCAGCUGCGGGAGGGGAAGCGCGACGCGGAGAACCGCGUGACGAGGUACGGGGAGGAGGUUCGGCGGCUGGAGCGGCAGGGGGAGGGCGCGGUGACGCAGGUGGAGCAGGUGGGGGAGACUCUGCGUGCGUUCUUUGCUGCCUGGGGGGGGGAGAAGGGGACGGGGGAGGAGGGGGAGACGCUGGGGGAGCAGGCGGAGGGGAAGGAUGUGGCGGGGAAGGUGGGGGUGGUGGUGGGGGCGGCGGCGCAGUGGCAGCAGCGCGUGGGGGAGCUGGAGCGGGAGAGAGAGGCGCUAGAGGAGCAGGUGAGGGAGAGCGAUGCCCGCGUGCACGAGGUAGAGUCCACCUCCGGGGCGUGGCGGUCGGAUAGAGGGGCGCUAGAGAAGCAGGUGAGGCGGUUAGAUGAGCAGAGGCGGUUGGCGGAGUCGAGGGUUCAGGAGGUGGAGUUGCAGCUAUCAGCCAUGCAGGAGAUGCUGGAGGAGGCCAAGGCGGAAGCGGGGGCGGCUGCUGCUGGGGGCAGUUUGGGUGGAGUGACUCUUGCUGACGUGGAGGCGCUGCAGGCGGCGAAUCAGAAGGCGAGGAGGCGGAUUCAUGAGCUGGAGGGGCAGGUGAGGGGGCUGGAAGAGCGGGCGAGGGAGAAGGAGGCGGAGCUAGAGGUGGCGCUGGCGGCGGUUUCUGCUGCGGCGGACUCAGCUGCAGCGGCGGCGGCGGCGGAAGCAGUGGGGAGGGCAGGGGCGGGCGGGGGAGCAGGAGCGGGGGCAGGAGCGGGAGGCGCGGGGAGGGCGGAGAGGGAGUUGGAGGACGCGCGGAGGAGGGUGGAGGGGUUGGAGGAGGAGAUUAAGCGCAUGUCUGGGGAGCUGGCGCUGGCUGGUGUGAGCCGGCGAGAGCUUGAAAUGAAGGUGCUGCGGCUGGAGGGGGCGUGCGGCAAGCUGGAGAGUGAGCUUCAGGAGGCGAAUGUGGGGCGGCGGCGCGCGGAGGAGAGGCAGGCGGAGGUGGAGGCGCAGCUGGCAGUGGCGGUGGACAGGGCGGAGACGCAGAGGGGGCUGGUGGGGGAGCUGGAGGCGAAGGUGAGUAAGGGCGCUGCACGGGAGGAGGCGUUGGAGCAGUACGUGGCUGUGGUUGAGGGGAAGGUGAAGGAGGCGGAGCGGGAGAGGGAGCGGUUGGAGGGGCGGGUGAGGGAGGAGGAGGAGAAGAGGCGGGAGGUGGAGAAGAGGGUCGGGGAGAGUGAGGCGGCGGUGGGGAGGGCGAGGGAGGAGGCGGAGAGGGAGGUGGGGGAGGCGAGGCGAAUGGUAGAGGAGAUGGAGGCGCGAUUGGAGGUGGGGGAGGCGGAGAGGGAGAGUGCGGUGGCAAGGGCUGUGAGGGCGGAGGAGGGGCAGAGGCGGGAGAAGGCCGAGAGGGAAGCGGCGGUUGAGCGGUUGACCAAUGAGGUGGCGCUGCUGACUCAGCAGCUGUCGGCUUUAUCUGAGGGGGGGAGUGGAGGGGAGGGCGGCGACAGGCUGUCCGCGGUCGAGGCCGCGGAGCUCCGGGCGGCGAAGGGCGAGCUAGAGGACAAGCUUCGCCGUGCGGAAGGGGAUUUGAGGGAAACGGUGAGGGAGAAGGUGAAGCUGGAAGGGGAAGUGCGGGCGGCGAAAGAAUCAGCGGCAGAAUCGAAGGUCAAGGAGGGGUCCCUCUUGGGAGAGGUAGAGGAGCUCAAGAGACAAGUGGCGGUGGCAGCAGAGGCAGCGGCGGAGUUGACUCGCGUGAGGGAGCAGCACGAGCAGGUAGUAACACAGCUCGUCAAGGCGGAAGCUUCCGUGAAGGAGCUGCAGGUGGCGCGGGAGGAGCUGGAGCAGGAGCGCAAGGGGCUGGUGCAGCAGAGCGUGGUGCUGCAGGGCAAGGUGAAGGAGCUGGAGCGAGUCAAGGGGGAGCUGGCCCAGGCCAGGACGGAGAGACAGGUGCUGGAGGAGAGAAGGCUGGCUCUGGCGAUGAAGCUGGCGCGGAUAGAGGAGAGUAUGGAGGAGCUGGAGGAUUUGCGGGCGCGGAGUGCGUCUGUGGAGGGCGAAAUGGGGCACCUUGCGAAGCAGGCUGAGCAGGUGCCGGGGUUGAUGGAGGAACGGGAGAAGCUGCAGGGGAGGGUGAGGGAGCUGGAGGGUCAGGCCGCGGAGCUGGAGGCUCGGGUGGGCGAGAUGGAGGCUGCUGCUGCGGCGGCUGCGGCGGUGGCGGGUGGGGGUGAGAGUGAGGGGGAUGGUGAUGCAGCGGCGGCGGCUGCGACAGCGGCUGCGGCAGAAGCGACAGUGGCUGCAGAGGCAGCGGCGGCGGCGGCAGCGGCGAAAGCAGAGGCGCUAGUGGAGGAGGUGCGGCAGCUGAAGCAGCAAAACGCGGAGCUCAAGCGAGCACUCACCGAGGGUAGCAGCAGUGGCGGUGCCGGUGGUGGUGGGAUGGAGCCUUCACCCCAAGGGAAGGGCAGCAGGUCUCUGGGCGGAGGGGCGGGGGGCUUGGGGGGAAUGGGCGGAGGGGGGGGAGCAGGCGGGGCGUUCGCCCGCGGGCGGAUGGGGGGGAUCAUGGCGUCGCGGGGAGGAGGCGGAGAGGCGGCAUUGGAGAAGCAGGUGGAGGAGCUGAGGCGACGCACGGUGGCUCUAGAGGGUGAGGUGGGGCGCAAGGCAGAGGCGCUCGCUGCUGCUGAGAGGCGGUUGUUGGAGCUGGAGGGGAGUGGGGGGAGCGGUGGUGGGGGUGCAGGGGCGCGGGUGGGGGACAUGGAUGUGGCUGCGGAGGAGCGCAUCAAGACUCUUGAGGCGCAGGUGGAGGGGUUACAGCAGCAGGUGGAGCAGCAGAGGGCGGUGGCGGAGGCGAGGGAGGGCAGCAUGGGGGAGUACGUGGCGCUGCUCACCGCCACCAAUGACUCUCUCGCUGCUGGCACUGAUGCCGCUACCAUGCAGCUCAACCAAGCGCUUUUGAAGGCGCAGCAGCAGGUGGGCCAGGUAAAGGAGAGGGAGGCAGAGCUGAGGGCAGCAGCAGCGGUGCACGACGCCACCAUUCUGGAGCUCAAGGAGGAGGUGGGGCGGCUGCAGAAGAAGCUGUCGCAGCGCAUGCGGGGGGGAGGCAGCACAGCAGGCGGCAGUGGCAUGGUGGAGCGCAUGGCGCUGCUGGAGGCAGAGCUGGCGGAGGCCAUAGAGUCCAACCACAAGUACAAGGACCAGCUCAAGCGGGCCUUGGGUGGGACGGGGAAUGGAGUCGACACUCAAUCCACUGAAGCUGCUGCUGCUGCACCGAUUCCAGCCAGCCCCACCAAGCCAGCCACAGCUUCUGUAUUGGGGAAUGAGGCAGAGAGGUCGCCUCAGAUGAAGGGCAGAGCAGUCAGUGGCAGCCCCAUGAGCGGUGCUGGCAGUCCCAUGAUGGCAGGAGGUAGAAGACUUAGCACUGCCUCCCCUGCCGCCAAGCCAAGCCCAUUUGGGCGGAGUCGAUACGGAGACCUAGACGCGCUACCCGCAGACGUGUGGCUGCGCAUCGCGAACGAGGUAGUGGAAAGAGACGACUGCUGCUGCUCGUGGCCGCUCGUGUCGUGCGCCAUCGCCUUGCCGUGCGUGCGACGCGCACUGUCGGGCGACGAGCAUCUCGUGUUCUACGAAAAAUGCGAGUGCGUGCCCGCCGCCGUCUCCCUCGCUCAACGAAUUCGCAGCUUCGCAUGGCUGACAAAGCAGCACCAAAGCCCUUCGCAGUUCAUCAUCUCUAUCAAUGAAGCGCCUCCCCGCCUCCUUUCCUCCCUCAUGCGCUCCUGCCUCUUCCCUUCCAUCUCCUCCAUCACCUCCCUCGAUCUCUACUUUUCCCAGAGCCUUCCCUCCCAUCCGCGCCUUCUCUUCUCCCUCUCGCAAGCGCCGCGCCUCAAGUCGCUGGACAUUACGCAUGACGUUGCGUUGGACAGCGAGAGUGACAUUCAACAACACCACGGCAGCGAUCCCGUGAUGGUGGCGGAAAUGUGGGAAAUAAUAUCGAUUAUGGAAGAAAAGAAGGCGAGUGACAAGGACAGGUCGUUUCCUGUGCUGCGCCACUUCAAGUUCUUUCUCCCCGCCUGCUCGCCUCUCGUCCUGCGCUUCGUCUCGUGCAUCUCUUCACAGCUGGACUAUCCGUCUCUUGGCGGUAAAAAUCAGUUCGUGGCUCACGAGGGCGAAGAGGAGGCUGAGAGGGGUGAGAACGCGGAAGGGCCAAGGGGGCGUGAGAGGGACGUUGACGGGCGAGACUCCUUAACUCUUCACCUCCCGCAAGCCACGAAUGCCCGAUUCCACGGGAUCAGCUGCUCCAUUUCCCUCUCCGCCCCUCGUCUUUCCGCCCUCUGCGUGCUCUGGAAGUCUCCCCAUUUCCGCCUGCUCCUGCUCCCCACAUGUCCCGCGCACCUGCCGUCUCUCUUCCUUAGCUCGUACGGACCCUGCGAGUGGCCGUUGCAAGCGCCUCACCUCAUGUCACUUGAAUCUCUCUGCACCAACAUGCAGCCUGAGCAGGCUGCUUGUUUCCCUCCCGGUGUUAUAGCGACAGUCAAGGCGCUUGAGUGGAGAUAUGUCAAAGUUUCGCGGCCGCUGGUCUUGCCUGCUUGGCACGGCCUGCGUUGCUUCCAUGCCAUGGGAUGGGACCCUGUGUCUCUGUGGAUGCUUCGCUUUGGCGAGCUCUGGCCUUGUGGCGUGGAGGGACUGUUCUUCGAUCACAUUGGGAGCGACGUUGGGGAAAUUCUCAGGAGUGAGCUGAGUGAAGGUUUGAGGCAUGGAAGGGAGGGCACGUCGAGCAGCCAAGAUGACAUAGGCCUUGGGACAGUGGAAGGUGGGCCUGAGGAGGACGGCAGCAGGGAUUUGUCGCUUACUCUUAUCCAUGCCAUCGAAUGGACGGCAGGCGGAAUGCAUGAGGUGGUGCGGCAUGGCGGAAAUGACACAGUGCUGGUGGCGCAGAUGUGGGAGCUGAUUUCAGUCAUGGAGGACAAAAGUCAGGAUGACACGGAUAGGCCAUUUCCUGUGUUUUCUCGCCUCGAUAUUUCGCUCCCCGUCUGCUCGCCUCUCGUCCUCCGCUUCAUCUCCUGCCUAUCUGCCCAGCUUCACACCCUCUACCUCGUCGCCUCUGCAAAUCACUUUGCCGCUCAGGAGGGCGAAGAGGGCGCUGAAAACGGUACGGGGAACGCGGACGGGUGGAGGGGGCGUGAGAGGGACAUGCACGGAGGAAUUACUUAUUCUUUAGACCUCCCACUAGCCACUGAUGUCAUAUUGGACAAGAUCAACUGCUCCAUCUCGCUCUCCGCCCCUCGUCUCUCCGACCUCGGGUUUUACUGGCAUACCCGCCACUCCCGCCUGCUCCUGCUCCCCACCUGCCCUGUGCACCUGACAGCUCUCUUCCUUAAUACCAAGUGGGCCUGCCCCUGGGGGUUGCACGUGCCUCACCCCACGUCGCUUGAGUCCCUUUGCACCAACAUGCAUCCAGAGCAGGCGGCAUGCCUCCCGCCUGGUGAGAUAGCAACCGUAAAGGUUCUAGAGUGGAGAUAUCCUAUGGAUUUCCGGUCGCUGGAUCUGAGUGCUUGGCUCGGCCUGCGCUGUCUCCACGCUGUAGGCUGGGGCCCUAGAGGUUUGAGAAGGGGCGAUAGUGGGGAAAGCUUCGGAACGAGGAGCCAUGGAGGAAAGGGCACGUCGAGAGGCCGAGGUGAGAUGGGCUUGGAAGCAGGAGGUUGUUCGACAGUGGCGGAGAAAGGCAGGCAUGUGGAUGCUGGAAACGGGCAUAUGGAUCAGAAGAAUGGGAAGAGAUUAUUGGCUCGACUGCUACCUAAAUGCAAGAGCCUGCAGCGGUUUGAGGGGUGGGACGAUGGGGGGUGUGUGCUGUACGUGUUGGAUGCUGCUAAAGGGCUGAAGAAAGUGGGGGGCGAACCAGAAGAUGACCUGAGCGCCGUACCCGCCGACGUGUGGGUGCGCAUCGCAAAUGCAGCGGCGGAGAGAGAAGAGUGCGUCUGCUCGUGGCCGCUCCUGCCGUGCGCCAUCGCCAUGCCAUUCGCAUGGCUGACCAAGCAGCACAAAAGCCCUUUGGAUUUCAUUAUCGCUAUCAAUGAAGCGCCUCCCCGCCUCGUCUCCUCCUUCAUGCGCACCUGGCUCUUCCCUUCCAUCUCCUCCAUCACCUCCCUUGAUCUCUACCUCCCCCGAAGCCUCCCCUCCCAUCCGCGCCUCCUCUUCUCCCUCUCGCAAGCGCCGCGCCUCGAGUCGCUUUUUAUUCAGCAUUGCGGUGCAGCGGACAGCGAGAGCGCGGCUCCAAAUCACCAGUGCAAUGAUCCCAUGAUGGUGGCCGAAAUGUGGGAAAUGGUUUCAAUCAUGGAGGAGAAGAACCCGGAUGACACGGCCACGCUGUUUCCCGUGUUGCGUCGCCUCGACCUCUCCCUCUCCGCGUGCUCGCCUCUCGUCCUCCGCUUCGUCGCCUGCCUCUCCUCGCAGCUUCACUCUCUUGAUCUCGCUGCUGACGAUCAGUUUGCGGCACAGGAGGGCGAAGAGGGCCCUGAAAUCGGCGAGGACCCACGGGAGAGGGACGUGGACGGACGAACGCCCUUCUCUCUUCACCUCCCGCUGGCCACCGAUGUCAGACUCGGUGGUCUCAACUGCUCUAUCUCGCUCUCCGCCCCUUGCCUCUCCUCCCUUAAGUUUCGAUGGCAGUGCCGCCACUCCCGCCUGCUCCUGCUCCCCACCUGCCCCACGCACCUCUCAUCUCUCUUCCUUACCACAGACCCGACCUGUCCCUGGGCAUUGCAUGCACCUCACCUCACCUCGCUCCACUCCCUCUGCAUCGACAUGGAUCCAGAGCAGGUGGCAUGCUUUCCCUCGGGUGUGAUAGCGACCGUCAAGGUCCUAGAGCGGACGAGAGAGUCGAGGAGUGGGGAGCAGCCGCAGCGGGACGACAUCAUGUGGCCCUUCGGCUCUUCCGACAAGCAGCAAGCUCUGCCUCUGCGCCACGAGGGGGGGAGGUCGUACUACGACGUGCAGCCUGGCGAUAACCUGACAAAGAUUGCCGGUCAGCUGGGAAGCACCGUGGAGAUCCUCAUGCAGGCCAAUGCACUCCGCUCAGACCUCUUGCACCCCGGCCAGAGCCUCUGGGUUCCGCGCACAUACACCAUCGCCAAGGGUGACACUCUGUAUGCCAUAGCGCGUAUGCAUGGAACAACAGUGGAUGCAAUUAUGCAGAUCAACAACAUCCAAGAUGCAAACUUGAUUCAUGCAGGUGAAGUAUCAUUGGAUAUUUUUUCCCGCACAUCCCCUCUUUCUAUGAUCUACCUCUCUAUGCUCCUCUGA